ACAACCCCUUUGCAAAUUCCAGAUCUCCAAAGGUAAACCGGGUACACCAGGGGUUUGCUUCUACGGUUCUACCUUGUUCUCCCUCGUUGCGAAUUUCAGAAUUCAGAAUUCAGAAUAACCAUGGCGGAACCCAAUUUCAUUCAAUUUUUCGUCAAACUUUUCGACAACAAAACCGUAACUCUCCAAUUCCCGAUUCACCAAAACCUAACAUCUCAAUCAAUCAAGAACCAGAUUGAAACCCUAACUAAAAUCCCCACUGAAGCUCAAAACCUAACCCUAAAUGGAAAAUUCCUCUCAAAUUCAGUUCCAAUUCCACCCAAAUCUCUUUCUCUAUCCACAAUCUACCUUAAUUUCUCUCUCCUCGGUGGAAAAGGAGGAUUCGGAUCCCUCCUUCGAGGGGCGGCGACGAAGGCGGGGCAGAAGAAGACGAAUAAUUUUGACGCGUGUAGAGAUAUGAGUGGACGGAGGUUGAGGCAUGUGAAUGCAGAGAAGAGGUUGGAGGAGUGGAAAGCAGAGGAAGGAGAGAGGAAAUUGGAGAAAAUGGCGGAUGAUUACUUGAAGAAGAUGGAGAAGAAAGGGAAAGGAGGGAAGAAAGAUCACGGGGCAGAUAAGUAUGUGGAAAAGUAUCGAGAAGAUUCUAAAAGAUGUGUGGAAGAAGUUGAGAGGUCAGUGAGAGAAUCCAUGGGAGAGAUGUUGGGUGCUGGGAAAAAGAAAAGGAAGUUGCCUGUCAAGGAUGCUGAUGCUAAAAGGGUAAAAAUUUGGAUGGGGAAGAGAAAAGUGGGUGAAAGUGACAGUGAGGAUUCAGAAGGUGAUGAUAGUGAUGCAGAAAAGGAGAAAUCAGUUGUCACAGAAAACGGAAACCAGUCAGAUUCAAGCAAGGAUGCUAGCUCUGCCUCAGUUUCAAUUCUUCCAUCAGAUGGGCGUAAUCAUAGUGGUUCUUCUGAGAGUGGUUCGGAAGAAGAGAAGGAUAUGGUUACUGAAGGUACUUCUGGAGUAGCUGCUAAACCAAGUGGAUGCAAUGAAAAGAUCUCUGCUUCAGCAGAAGUGGUUUCUAUUUCUGAUCAGAUUGUGGUAGAACAAGGUCCUAGCGAACAUCAUUCCGAAGCCACAAUUGUUGCCAAGCAGCUGCUGACUACCACUAAUUUGGUUGAGCCAGAUGGUCCUCAGUCAACAACCACUGUUCCUGAACUUGAUGGAGUACCGGAGUGCAAAGCGGUUUCUCCUGAUGAGGGUAAUAUUGGGAGCUCAAAUGCACCUGAGGUUCUGCUGCAGCCUCUGAACUUGGCUGAUUUUAACUCAGCUAACGAACUGGAGGUUUUUGGAAUGGAAAAGUUGAAAUCCGAGCUACAAACACAUGGAUUAAAAUGUGGAGGCACUCUGCAAGAGCGUGCUGCUAGGCUUUUUCUCCUGAAAACCACCCCUGUAGAGAAGCUUCCUAAGAAACUACUUGCUAAGAAAUGAGAUUUGUGCUGUUUUGAGUGAAUGAAGCUCUCACCGCCUUUUUUGAUCUGCAAGACUAGAACUUUGUUUCAGCUGUAAUAUAGUGAGACACUUCCGCAUGUGUUUAGUUGUUUACAAGUUUGGAUAUCGAAUAUUGAGCAUUUAAAGGCUCUACUUACAUCUCUGUAAUUUCGUCUUGGUGUAGUAACUGUAUAUGAUGUGCACCCUUGGUUCAAUUCGUUAAUCCUCAGACUUCUAUACUUAAAUUGUUUA